AUGAGCACGGAAUUCCGACUGAAGACAGGUCUUGCCGACAUGCUGAAGGGCGGCGCGGUCAUGGACGUCACCAACGCCGAACAGGCGCGCAUUGCCGAAGACGCGGGCGCGGUGAGCGUGAUGGCUCUCGAGCGGGUGCCGGCCGAUAUCCGCAGGGACGGCGGGGUGGCCCGGAUGUCCUCCCCGGAGAAGAUCCGGGAAAUCAUUGAAACAGUAAGCAUCCCAGUGAUGGCCAAGGUGCGCAUCGGCCACUUCGUCGAGGCCCAGAUGCUUCAGGAGAUGGGGGUGGACUUCGUUGACGAGAGUGAAGUGCUGACACCGGCCGACGAAGAAAACCACAUCGACAAGCACGCCUUCGAGGUGCCUUUCGUGUGCGGCUGCCGCAACCUCGGGGAGGCGCUCCGCCGGAUUGGGGAAGGGGCGGCGCUCAUUCGUACCAAGGGCGAAGCCGGUUCCGGCAACAUCGUGGAAGCCGUCCGGCACUUGCGUCAUAUCGGAAACGCGCUCCGCCGCCUCACGAUCCUUACCGAUGACGAACUGAUGUCCGCCGCCAAGGAACUCCGCGCCCCCUACGAACUGGUGCGGAUCGUGGCGCGCGAGGGGCGCUUGCCCGUACCCAACUUCGCGGCGGGAGGGGUAGCAACCCCGGCCGACGCGGCGCUGUGCAUGCAACUCGGGGCGGAAUCGGUUUUCGUCGGGUCCGGGAUCUUCAAGUCGACGGAUCCGGCACAGCGGGCCAAAGCCAUCGUGAAAGCGGUGACCCACUACCGCGACCCGGCCAUGCUGGUCGAGGUUUCCAUGGGCCUCGGCGAACCGAUGCGAGGCCUGGACAUCGCCUCGAUCCCGGAGGCGGAGUUGCUGCAGACGCGCGGCAACUAA